AUUUUUAUUAAAUUUAACUGACAGUUUUUUAUUUUGUUUAAAAAAAUAUGUCAGUGAAAAUUAUUGGAUGCUUGGUUACUCUACUUGCUGUUGUAUAUGGAAAGCCUCCAAGUAAAGUUGUCGGAGGUGAACAAGCUGAAAGAAAUGAAUUUCCUCAUCAAGUAUCAAUUCGAGACCGAGGAGAACACAUUUGUGGAGGUGCAAUAAUAAGUCCACUUCACAUUUUAACAGCAGCUCAUUGUUUUGUCGACGAGGAUGAAAAAGUUGCUCUACCUCAUCCAUCUGACAUAGAAAUUCUUGUUGGAGCAAACGACAAAAAUUCACGUCUGGGACAAGAAUAUAAAAUUCUCAAAUACGAGUGUCAUGAAAAUUACGAAACAAAAAAAUCAGAUCGAAAUGACAUUGCUCUCAUCACUUUGGAGAAACCUUUGGUUUUUAGUGGCUCAAUUAAGCCAAUAAAUUUACCAAAAAAAGAUAUUCCAUUAAAUUCAGUAGUAACAGCUAGUGGCUGGGGAGCAACUGAUUAUCCAAAUACAAAAUUACCAAAACAAUUGCAAAAAGUUGAAUUAAAAAUUGUUGAUAAUAAAGUAUGCCAAGAUUCUCAUAAAAUUAAAAUAUAUCCAGAACAAGUUUGUGCAUCUGGAGGUGAAGGAAAAGGUGUCUGUGUUGGUGACAGUGGUGGUCCAAUUAUUGCAAACAAUGAACUUGUUUCGAUAAUUUCUUGGGGAAGACCUUGUGCAAAAGGUGUACCAGAUGUUGGCACACGAGUAUUCAAUUAUCUUUCAUGGAUUGAAAAUGCCAUGAGCUCAAAAUCACCACAAAAAAAAUACAAUUUAUCAAAAUCAAAUUCAUCAACUGAACAAAAAACCUCACUACCAAGUCGUUGUCUCUACUUCCAAUACAAUAUAUUUUUUUUAUUAUUAACAAAUACACCGGGUGGACAUGGAAAACCUCCUAGUAAAAUUGUCGGUGGAUAUAUUGCAAGUGCAAGGGAAUUUCCAUACCAAGUUAGCAUUCGUUACAAUGGAAAACAUAUUUGUGGAGGUUCAAUAAUAAGUCCAUUGCAUAUUUUAACAGCUGCACAUUGUAUUGUGACUGGUACCAUAAGAUCACCGGUCAAUACUUUACGUAUAUUUGUCGGAGCAACUGAUAAAUAUGGAUUUGGUGAAGAGUAUCAAGUGGCUACGUAUAAUUAUCACUCUGGUUAUUCAUCAAAAACAAACCAGAAUGACAUUGCCGUUAUUACGCUGGCAAGACCAUUAAUUUUUAGUAACUCGGUGAGACCAAUAGGUGCUCCCAGGAAUGAUACACCAGCUGGUACAACAGCAAUAGCAAGUGGAUGGGGUGCUUAUGAUUAUGAAUCAAUUAAUGAAUAUUAUUCACCAAGUAAAUUAUUAAAAAUUAACAUGAAAAUUGUUAGCAAUGAAGAAUGUGCUCGUUCUCAUGUUUAUCAAAUUUUUACUGAACAAAUUUGUGCAUUUACUGCUAAAGGACGAGGAAUGUGUAUCGGUGAUAGCGGUGGACCUUUGGUUGUUGGUGAUCAACUUGUUGGAAUUGUAUCUUGGGGAAAACCAUGUGGUAGAGCUCCAGAUAUUUUUACUCGUGUCUACAGUUAUUUACCUUGGAUCAAUAGAAUUCUUGCAUCACAAAGAGCACCAAAUAAUUACUUACUUUACAAACAAAAAUAA